CGAGAUAGGAGAGAGAAAGAACAUGGGGUGUUGGGGCCCCAUAAAGUGUAAGAGACAAGAGAGAGAAAUGUAGGCCCCAUACACCGCCCAUGCGCAAGCUAUCUUACCAAAACUAAACCCUUCAUCGACCCGAUACCUUGGCCUAACCCUUACCCAACAGCACUACCCCCAAAAAGCUAAAAAAAGAAGAGGCUACCGCAGCUCCAUCUCUCUCUCUCUCUCUCUCUCAUCUUUGCCUUUCUCUUCUUCAUUUUCUCCCAAACCUUUAACCAACAACUUCAUCCCAAGAGAUUGCUUCAAACAACCUGUCAAAGAUCAAGCUCUCUUAACUCACAACAAGGCUAGAUACAAGAAACAUGGGCUUGAUUCAGCUCUUCAGCUCAAAUUUUGGUGGUUGUUGCUUAAAAGUCCCUCUUUUUCCCUUCUCUGCUGAAGGUCAGUAGCAUUUGAUCUAUCGGAACACCCCCAAAGAAAGAGCAAAGAAAGAAACAAGUAAGCAAACAGACAAGAAGACUAAGAAUCUCUCUCUCUAUUUAGUUGUUCUUCUAUAUAUUAGAGCUAAUAUAGGUUAAAUAUCAAGAAAAAAAGAAAUGGAUCCAGUUGCAGCACAUGGUCGUCCUCUUCCACAUCCUUUCCUCACUAGAGAUCUUCAUUUACAUCCUCACCAUCAAUUUCAAAACCACCAACAGCAGAAUUCUGAAGACGAACAAAGUGGUAACGGGAACUUAAACGGUGGCCAAAAGCGAGAGCACGAUGAGAUCACAACCGAAAGUGCUGAAGGCAAAGAACUAAUCCCUGCUGAUGGAGAUGGAGAGAUCGGAAGAAGAUCACGAGGAAGACCUGCCGGGUCCAAGAACAAGCCGAAACCACCGAUCAUAAUCACCAGGGAUAGCGCCAAUGCCCUUCGAUCCCAUGUCAUGGAAAUCGCCAACGGCUGCGAUAUUAUGGAGAGUGUAUCAACUUUUGCUAGGCGGAGGCAAAGAGGGGUUUGCAUUUUGAGUGGAACUGGAACGGUAACUAAUGUCACUCUUAGGCAGCCAGCUUCACCCGGAGCAGUGGUAACUUUACAUGGAAGAUUCGAGAUUUUAUCGCUUUCAGGGUCGUUCUUGCCACCUCCAGCUCCACCAGCAGCGUCGGGGUUGACCAUAUAUUUAGCCGGUGGUCAAGGACAAGUAGUUGGAGGGAGCGUGGUGGGUCCUCUUCUAGCAUCUGGGCCGGUAGUGGUUAUGGCUGCCUCUUUUGGUAAUGCGGCAUAUGAGAGGCUGCCGUUGGAGGAGGAUGAGGGGCAGGGGCCUGUGCCUGGAAGUGGGCCCCUAGGCUCACCUGGAAUUGUUGGGCAACCACAGCAACAGCCGCAGCAGCAACUAAUGCAAGAUCCAAAUCCAUCCCUUUUUCAAGGGUUGCCACCCAAUCUACUAAAUUCAGUGCAACUGCCAGCUGAGGCCUACUGGAGCACUGCUCGCCCUCCUUAUUAGUAAAAGAAUAGAAACUUGUGCGUGUGUGUUUUUUUUUUUUUUUUUUUACCUCCUUUUUCUUCUUUUGUUUCUUCAAUUCUAAAUCAUCAAUCUUCAUUCUUCUGCUUCUUCCUCUUCCUCCUCGAAAAGUUAGGGUAUGUUUAAGAUGUUCAUGAUCGUGGUAUUCAUCUGCCUUUGAUUGAAGAAGGAUGUACAAAUUUAUGAAUAUUCUUUUUCUUUUGUGGGUUA